AUGCGCCCUCAACAAAUCCUCACUUCCCUCAUCAUAUCCACCAUAGCCGUGAGCCUUCCAACAAGCCCAGUCACCCCGCACGCCAGCAAACUUUCAUUGCCAACACCGCGCGGCGCGGCACAAACCUGUGGGCUCUAUAAAUUUGCCGAGACCCCUAUAAACCCACCGGCGUGUUGGGCGUGGUACGCACAAACCUCGGAACCGUCUGACUACUGCGGCGCCAGCACUUUCAAAUCCGUCGCCUCUACCUCGUCGCCAUCAACAUCCUGGCUCGACUCGUGCGCCUCCCUACGUAACGCCCAGCUCAUGUCACCAAGGGAUUUUUUCCUGGCGGACUACGCUACCGACAAGUUCAAUACGCUUCUCGUGUCGGGCGACUGCAGUUUCCAGGUUCAGCCUGCGACACCGCCGUCUAGUGACCAGGUCUAUGUUGGUGGCACUGACGUUUCUGAUAUACUCGGGUCUGCCAUAGUCGCCAGCCGAAACGGGGGUGGAAGUAUUGGCAUCGAGGGUAGCAUGACCUGCUCACCUGGUAUUGUACGCUGGAGGAUGGUACCUACUGUAUAA